UCUUUGCUUCCUGGCCAGUCUGGGAUGGAAAGCCUCUGGUUCUUGCAACAGGAGUAAUUUGGAAGUAGGGUCACAGAUGAGUUAAGACCUCAUAGUCUAAGGAAGUGAGUAAAUUUUGUCUCAUGCUAUCUUAGUUUCUGCGCAAUAUAACUUAUAAUUGUGUUUCAGAUGAAUAUCAAGGUUGUAACUAGUCUGUACUACCCAGAAUUCCCUGGCAAUACUUAUUUGCCUUGACUGUGGUUGUUACACACUUCUCUGAGGAAACAAGAAGAUGAAAAAUUGGUGUGGACAAACUGACUUCUCAAGGAUCUGCUUUGCUGCUUUUUUAAAUCUUGCCUGUGACUAUCUAUCUGAUGGUCAUUAUAUCAGCAGUUCACUACUGGUACAAACAAGAGUACAAUAAAUUUUGUUGGAGAUUUCAUCAACAUUAUCAAAACAUCCUGUGGUACUAUUGACUUCAUUCUAUACUUGACCACCAUCAGAAUCAUAUCAAUAUCCUAAUUUAUCAUCUAAGCAAACCAGAGAACUCUUACUAGCCCCACAGGAUUUGUUGUCAUCGAGAGUCCAUUUGCUACAGUUUUUAGUAAUAUUUUAUCUGUUAAGAAGAGCAUGGAGUCUGAGUCAAUUCCUAUACUAGUUGGUGGACUUGUUGAGUGUGUAGCCCAGUUAAUAAGAAUAGCUGAGGAGCUCUUACUAUCUAUUUCACAAGAACAACAAGUUCCUUGUGAAGAACGAAAUGAUAGAACAGAACAGAUUGGUGCAGAUGCAUCUCCUCCUGAAGAACCUUCACUACCAGAUCUCGGUGAUCUCUCUGACUUGGAAUCAAUACUUUCACUACAAGAAGAUGAAGACCUAAUCUUUGAUAUAGAUCAAGCCAUGAUAGAUGUAGAUGAGCUAUGUGAAGACGUACUCUCUGAUAUAAACAAUGGUCGAAGAAGUGAAUAAGACCCAGUUUGCCCUCACCAACAUGUGAGAACUGAUCACUGAUCUUUUUUUUUUUUUUUUUGCCAAAUACAUCCUGAUUUUUCUGGACAUUAGCAAUAUUUUUCUCCUAGUUCUGCAUAUUUUUAUUAUUAAGACCUUAUAGAACAAGUAAGAUUUGGUUUCCUUCCAGAAGGAAAAGACUGAUCUCAUCUUUGUUUUUAGUCAAAAAUCUUUGACUUUAGCAGUGUGUUUUUUCCUUUACUUGUAUUUGUUCUACUAGGCUUCUUGAAGAUAACAGCAAAUAAUAACAAAGAAGAGAAUCUCUUCAACCUAACAAUGGACUGAAGCACAUAUCAACUAUCUCACAUCUUGGGACCCGAUUUUAUUAUUCUACAAUUAAUGGAAAUUAAAAGGGGAAUAUCCCUUAGGAUGGUAUUUCAAUUAGAUUAUAAUUGUUUAUUGUCAUUAUGACUAUUGGUCAAAACAGUUUUCUUGUUUAAUAGUUUUAAACUAAUAAAGUUUUCAUUCACAAAUCAAA